AUGACACAGUCCGGCAAGGCCACAGCCGGCGUGCUGCAGAUCCCAGCAACGGCCACUCAGAAAUCCGGAUCCACGAAGAAGACUCCCAAACCCCCCGCCCCACGGCUCAAGCUACUCAUUCGUCGCCUGCCGCCAGGACUGACUCAGGUCGAGCUUGAAACCGCUCUAGGCGACGAAUGGAAGACAGGUGCCGGCAAGGUCGACUGGCUUCAAUACAAGCCCGGCAAGGUUUCGAAGGAGUUAGUCACUAUGACCAUGACUAUCACGAUGAAUAUACAACAAGAACUAACCAAAGCACCUCUUUUCUACAGCCCUGCCAAACCAUCCCGUCCCUCUAGAGCAUACCUUCAUCUCACCUCGAACGAACAUGUCACCCCACUCUCGGAUCGCGUCCGACAGACCUCAUUCCAGGAUGCCCGCCACACAUCCAACGAUCCAGUACUCCUGGGACCGCCAUCCCUCGAGUUUGCGCCAUACGCAAAAACCCCCAGCCACAGAAUCCGCAAGGACGCCCGCCAGGGCACGAUCGACCAAGACCCAGAUUUCAUCGCCUUCCUCGAAAGCCUCACCCAGCCGAUCGCCAAACCCGCCCCCGUGGACUCGACCGAGAACGAGGAGAAGAAGGCAGCAAUUCUAACAACCCCUCUGGUUCAAUAUAUCAAGGACAAAAAGGCCAGCAAGGCCAAGGAAAGCGCAAGCUCAAAGUCCAAGCACGGCCGCGGAGAGAAAGAGUCCAAGCAAGAAAAGGUUCAAGCAAAGAAGCUCCUCCAACGACCCGACAAGGAAGCCGCCACAACUACAACAUCCGAGAAAAAGGCCAAAGGCGACAAGGUGGGCAAGGAAUCCAGCAAAGCAGCGAAGCAGGCUACAACUACGACAAAAUCCGGAAAAGCAAGUGCUACAACCACACCAAAGGAGUCUACAAAUGCCACAGGACCCGAACGAAAGCGAGAACGAGGCAAUGUCGCCGCAGCAGCUAAGAUCUUGCAGCGGGAUCUUGGACUCUCGUCUGCUUCUGGAACCGGGGGCCGACGGCGCGGGAAGGGUGGAUCGACCGAGGCUGGCACGCCGAAGAAUGAGAGCUCGCGCGAUUCGUCCGUGCCUGGACCUGGACCUGCUGCGGAGGGAAGCAAGAAGGAAACGAACAAGUCUGGCAAAAACGCAGCCAAGGCCAAGGACGCCGCAAAGGACACCGCAAAGGAAGCCGAAGCUUCGUCCCGAACCUCGGAAGCCCAACCUCCUCCCUCCACCGCGAAUGCCAAUACCAGUACCAACAAUGCGCCCGCGAAACAAGCCAAGGGCGCCAAAGGAAAACCCGCUGCCAACCCCGCACCGACCGCAACACAGGCCUUCCUCAAACAUGCCAAUCCGUCGCAGGGUGUGACGGAGCCACUCUUGGAAGAGGCAUUUGGGGUCUUUGGAUCGGUGGCCAGGGUGGAAAUUGAUAAGAAGAAGGGAUUCGGGUAUGUGGAUUUUGCGGAGCCGGAGGGGCUACAGAAGGCGAUGGCUGCUAGUCCAGUGACGGUGGGACAGAGCCAGGUGGUCGUGCUCGAGCGCAAGGCGAAUCCCGGGGGAGAGAAGACACGAAAGGGGCGAGGAGAGGGUGCAACCAAGAAGGAUGCCGGUGGUGGAAAGGACGUCGGUGGAAAGGAUGGUCCUGUCAAGGAUGUACCUGUAAAGGACGGUGCUGGUGCUGGUUCUGGGAAUACAGGCUCGUCGCGCGGAUCGCGCGGUGGACGAGGCAAUCGCAACAAAGCCAAGGGCGAUGGCAAGGGGGAGGGUAAGCGAGAAGCGAAAGGAGAGAAAGGAGAGAAAGGAGCAGAGAAGAGCGUGAAACCGAGCGAGUAA